GAUUUUUGUCCUCCUUGGAGAUACAGGACUUAAUGGUUUUGGGAGCGAUUUAGGACAAAUUCCCCACACCCGCUAUGAAAGAUUUUAUCUUUGAAUUGCAAAAGUACUUUCACGAUAUUCUUCAAAGCGUUGACCCUGGAGGCGCUAGCUAUACUGACAAUACGAUCUCUACGUUUGAAGUCGUGGAAUGGUUUAGAAAUCAAGGUAAAAACGGUGGCGGGAAAAGAUAUCAAGUUGAAAACUCUGAGGUUUUUAACAGAGCAACGAUCAAUGCUUCCCAUGUUUACUUUGAUAAUCCCACCUCAUCGUCAGUUUCUUCUGCCACAGCGCUCUCAGCAAUUAUACAUCCAGCCAAUCCAUUUAUGCCAUCUCUUCAUUUUCACAUAAGCUUUUUUAGUGCCAAAAAUAAACUUGGGUAUUGGAGAAUGAUAGCAGAUAUAAAUCCCUCCAUUCCUUUUGAAGAAGAUAAAAACUUAUUUUUAAAGAUUUUGAAAGCCGUGAUUCCUUGCAAGCUUCUUUCUGUGGCACUCGAAUUUGGUGAUAAAUACUUUUUUAUACCAGCGUUGAACCGCCGGCGUGGUACCUGCCACCUUUUUAUAGCAUCCUUAGAUGAUGAUCUUUUGCGUAGAGCCCAAGUAGGACCCGAGCCGGUGGCCUUUUGUUACCAAAACUGUCAGGAACUGGCGAAUAAAUUAGCAAAAGAAGUCAUCUCUUUAUACGCCCAAAUCGCUCGGAGUCGGCUCUGUAAAUUUCCUUUGGCUAGUGUAACUGUUGAUGCUUGGGAGUGUCAGCUUUACUACCACACUCUUUACGCAGUGCAAGUGAUAACACUUGACAGAGGCACAACUCACGGUCUUCUCUCUCACUCUGAUAACGACGUCGGUACACUUGGCUCGCUUCCGCUCCAUAUAGAUUUAGCACUUUUAAAAAAAUGGGCCGUAGCUUUAAAGAAUAGUCAAGGAAUCCUACUGGAAAGAGUGUUGCAUACCCUUCUCCAAUCUUGCCCGGCAGCGAGUAUUUUGAGAGGUAAAUAUAAAGAGGAUGCAUACCCGGAUUUUUUAGAGGAAGGUCCUAUGUCAGAUAAUAAAAGGCAUUUAGAAAGUCCUCCUAAUAAAAAUUAUACAAACUUUACUCAAACGCCAUUCAAGUGUCCAAAAAAGCAUAAAAAAUAUAUUUUGCGCCUUGAAUCUUGUUCAAGAGGCAAUAUAGCGGAGAUUAUUCGAAAUUUUUAUCGGGAUUACCCAGAAGCUGUCCACUUUCAGGCCAAUAUGGAUAUGGAUUGGUGGGAUAAUAAAACUGCCUUGUUUUAUUUUCUUACUUUUAUUUAACUGUAGCCUAUAGCUAACCUUGUGAAAAAGAAUUUACUAAUUUUUAAGUUAGUUUUGGUAGAACUGAACAACU